AUGGAGACUAACAUUCAGCCUGUCGUCAAGUUCUAUGUCAAGAAGUUUGAUUCCAAGGUGGGAGCAAUCGUCAACUACCAGUCCUUCUCCGUGGAGGCCGGCGUGAUCGACUUUACCGAAGGGGCAGGCCUGGGUCAUUACACUGCCUCAAUCACUCAUAAGCAAGAUGGCGGCUGGGAUGUCAACUUCUUCGUCUGA